AUGGGUGUAGGCUCAAUUUUUACAUUUGCUGAGUUGGAAAUAUUCACGAUGAUAACGUUGCGAAAUAUAUUAAAGCCUAAAGGGAAUUUCGGGAAGAUUUUCGCGCAGUGUGCAUCGGAUGUCGCAUUUAUUCCCAGCCAAGUGAAUCCAUUUCCCGGUGAGACCCGAAAAAUGAACCUUUGUCAGGCGAUUCAUAACGCAAUGGAUAUCGCAAUGAGUAGCGAUUCUGCUGCAUGCCUCUUCGGAGAAGAUGUUGCAUUUGGCGGCGUUUUUCGCUGUACUGUUGGAUUGCAAGAAAAAUAUGGCAAGGAUCGCGUUUUUAAUACGCCUAUAAGUGAGCAGGGAAUAGUGGGCUUUGGAAUUGGCUUAGCGGUUGCUGGUUCAACAGCUAUUGCGGAAAUACAGUUUAGUGACUACAUAUUUCCAGCAUUUGAUCAGAUUGUGAAUGAAGCUGCGAAAUAUCGGUAUCGUAGUGGGAACUUAUAUAAUUGUGGUAAACUGAAAAUACGAUCGCCUUGCGGUGCUGUAGGACAUGGCGGUUUGUAUCAUUCUCAGAGUCCUGAAGGCUAUUUCACUCAUACUUCGGGAAUAACGAUAGUAAUUCCACGUGGACCCUUGCAAGCGAAAGGUUUAUUUUUGGCUUGCAUUCGACGUGAUGACCCAUGUAUAUUUUUCGAGCCAAAAAAACUCUAUCGUGCAGCAACAGAAGAUGUUCCAAUAGCGGAUUACGAGAUUGAAAUUGGAAAGGCCGAAAUUGUAAAAAAAGGUGAAAAUGUCACAAUUGUUGGUUGGGGAGCUCAGUUGCAUGUUGCUCAUGAAGCUGCUAAUAUUGUGGAACUGCAAAAUAAUGGCAUUACUUGUGAAGUGAUAGAUUUGAGGACGUUAUUACCAUGGGAUUUUGAAACAGUUGCAAAGAGUGUUUCUAGAACAGGUCGCCUUAUAAUAACUCAUGAAGCACCGAUAACAUCUGGCUUUGCUGCCGAAAUAUCAUCGAAAAUACAGGAAGAAUGUUUUUUGAAUUUGGAAGCGCCAAUUGAACGUGUUUGUGGCUGGGAUAUGCCAUUUCCUUACAUUUUUGAGCCGUUUUAUCUACCAACCAAAUGGCGCAUUGUCGAAGCGAUCAAAAAAGUUGUGAAGUUCUAA